AAUUAGGGUAUUUAGCCAUUGAUUGUAUCCAACAGUCAAGUUGUUAAUUUCAUCUAAAACAAUUAGUUUAAUUGUAGAAUUGUAAAAAUGAUUAAGACUUUGAUUCUUUGUGCUUUGGUAAGUUUCACCUUUGCUGGUGAUAUUGAAUUCCAAGAUUGUGGCGAUGAUUCAAAUCAGCCAACAUCUUUUUCUGUUUCCGGUUGUGAUGAGGCUCCUUGUUCAGUAGAAAGAGGAAAUACUUAUGAGUUUGCCUUCGGUUUCGAAUCUCCGAUUGCUGCUGAUUCCUUGCAAGUCGCAAUUAAGGCUCGAGUCUUCGGUGUUUGGAUUCCAUGGCCUGGUGCACCUCCAGUUAACUGUGGUACCGACAUUACCUGUCCCCUUGUAGCAGGUCAAGCUUAUACUCUUAAAUCAUCACUGACCAUUCCAGGAAUCGCUCCAUCCAUAUCGACCUCCGUUCAGUUCUGCCUUCAAAAUGCUGCCACAAGUGAAACUGUUUUCUGUAAUCGCUUUCCCGUUAAAGUAGUUUAAUUGUUGUCGAAAGUUUUUGCAACUCUGACAAUCAAUUUCUAACUAAAUUAACAGUCUAAUAAUAAAAAUCUAUUUCUAUUAAAUUAA